UGCAGGAAUGAAUGAAGGGGGCGUAGCCAUGGAGGAAGAGGAGGUCCAAGCUGGUGCUUUUUGGCAGUUGUAGGUUACCUAACACUGCAGCCACAGGCUCUUACUAAAGCACGGAAUUGCCAAUUCUGCUCCUUCAAAGAAAAAUAAGGUUUUUCCAAUGGAUUCUCUAACAACAUCAAACAAUCAGUUUGCUCUUGAGUUUAGCAAAAUGGUAGCUGAGUCAGCUGGAGAUAAAAACAUCUUCUUUUCCCCCUGGAGUAUUUCUACUGCUUUGGUCAUGGUCUAUUUGGGUGCCAGAGGUAAUACUGCAACCCAAAUGGAACAAGUUCUUCAACUUAACAAAGUCACAGGAGCCGAAACAACCAGUCCAUGCUUUGAGAAGAAAAGAAAGAUGGAACUUAGCCCAAGCAAGGCAGAAGGCUUACAUUCUGACUUCCAGGCACUCAUUACAGAAAUCAACAAGCCCAGCAAUUCCUACCUGCUAAAGGCUGCCAGUAGGUUAUAUGGGGAAAAAACCUACCCCUUUCGUGGUGAAUACCUGGAAAACAUGAAAAAAUACUUUGGUGCAGAGCCACAAUCUGUUAAUUUUUUGGAAACUGCAGACCAAAUCAGGACAAAAAUCAAUUCCUGGGUUGAAAACGAGACUGAAGGCAAAAUUGUGAAGCUUCUACCAGAUGAUUCUAUUGAUUCCAUGACCAGAUUGGUUCUAGUGAAUGCCAUCUAUUUUAAAGGAAAAUGGAAAGAGCAAUUCAAGCCUAAAGAUACAAUAGAAAAACCUUUCAGAGUAAACCAGACAACAACAAAGCCAGUGAAAAUGAUGUCGAUGAAAAGCAAUCUUCACAUAUUUCACAUAGAAAAACCAGAAGCCAAAGGCAUUCAGCUUUAUUAUGGCAACGGUGAAGUGAGCAUGUUUGUACUGCUACCAGAUGAUGUCGACGGCCUGAAAGAGCUGGAAAAUACAAUCACUUACGGGAAGUUGAGUGAUUGGACUCAUGAAGACAUGAUGGAGAUGUAUGAUGUGCAGCUGUACCUCCCCAGAUUCAAGCUAGAGGAGAGCUAUGACCUCAAAUCGACCUUGAGCAGCAUGGGGAUGAGUGAUGCUUUCAGCACAAACCAUGCUGACUUUUCAGGCAUGACUGAGAGAAAAAAUCUAUUCUUGUCAGAAGUUUUCCAUAAAUCUUUUGUAGAAGUCAAUGAGGAAGGUACUGAGGCAGCAGCGAGCACUGCAGAUGAGUUUUCAUGGCGUAUGAAAUUCCCUUCUAUGACAUUCAAUGUGGAUCACCCAUUCCUAUUUUUCAUUAAGCACAAUAAAACUAAUAGUAUUCUCUUCUAUGGAAGAGUCUGCUCCCCCUAGAUGCUGCCUCUCACUCAUGUAGCAAGAGCAACUUCCUGUUCUAGAAAUGCACCAAAAGAUAAUAUUCAUUCAACCUGGAAAACCCCUUGACCACUUGGCUCUCCUUUAUGUAUCUUAGUUAAUAAGGAAGUCAUGAUAUAAAUAAUUUUGAAAUGUGGCAUGUUAUAAAAGUUGCCACCUUUGAGCACAGUUAAUACCUGGAACUAUAAUUUAGAUUUUUAUAACUCUGGCAUUUCUUGCUAUAUUGUUAUGGCAAAUUGCAUUGUCUGCAUUCUCUUCUUUUAGCAUUUUGUGUUAUGCCAUUUGAGGGACUCAGACCUUCUUGAUCUACCUACCUGACAUGGUGGCAACUAUUUACUGGAUCAUUUAUCUCUGCUUUGCCUGUUUAAAACUUAUCCAUCCAUCGUUUGGCCAAAUAAUUAAGAAAAAGAACCACCAAAGUCUUUGUCUUGUGACACAGGUUCAGAUAUAUCAAUUUAUUAAGUAAUUCCCCAGAGCUGAUGCUCCCUGAUAAAGAAAAAUGUUUAAGAACGUCAGUUGAUUUUUCAUUAUAUGCUAUAGACAAAUUCCUUCCUUUUUUAGGCAUGUGAGCUUUUUAAGAAAGUGGUAAACAAAAUGUAUGUUAUGACAUGUGAUUAACAUCAACCAGUUAAGUAAGCAUUUGUUGAAUGCCUAUUAUAUGCCAGACACUGGCCCCAGAUGAUGAAUCUUUUGACCAGAGGACUUCCUGAAGCACAUCACCUAAAGUGUGGAGGUGGUGUAAGCUCUGCAAUUGUUGCCAUUAGCGAGACAGACAAAAUCACUGACCUUUUGAAAUAUUGAUGUAUGAGUAUCAUGUUCUUGAGUAGUACUAUUCAAAUUCUUCUUGACUAUUAACUGGUUUUGUGAAAAGUCCCUAAUUCAAAAAUGUUUAUUAGUGGUUUUACCAGGUAAUAUUCUAUUUCUGGAGACCUACUAGAGUCUGCUAAGUUACCCUUUUCCUAUUAAUUUUAGAAGCAUCAAAACAAUUAAAUCUUUCUUGUUUAUAAAAUGUAAAUAUUAGACAAAUGUCUACUCUUCCAUUUAAAUAUGUGGGCAGCUGUAACAGGAAAAUGCCUCCUGAAGAAGACAUGGUGCUGUAUUUUUAAAGGAAAUUUUAUUGUUAGAGUAUCACAGUUACAAUUUUAUGGACUUUUAAACAUGCUUUAUUUGUAUACUCAGUGUCUUAUAUUAAUGGCAGUCAAAUAAGAUGAGUAAUGAUUCUAUCUUUUA